GUGCGGAACGGACAACCCACCCCGCCUCCUCACGAUGAAAACAAGCAAAACAAGCGAAAGUUCUCGCAGAUGAACGUCGCAGGCCCAGUGCAGCAAUACCAGCAACAACAUCAGCAGCAGCAAUGCCAGCAACAGCUGUCUCAGCAGCAACAAUAUCAGCAGCAGCCACAACAGCUGUCCCAGCAGCUUCCCAGCCCUCCCUACGAUGAUGAGAAGGCCAAACGGGAGCGCUUCCUGGAGCGUAACCGCCUCGCCGCUAGUAAAUGUCGGGAGAAGAAGAAGAAGAACAACCAGCAGCUGGAACAGCGGUUUCACGAACUGCAAAACAAGAACACCGAGCUCAACACAGAGAUCGAGGACCUUCGCGCUGAGGGGAUCGCUCUGAAGAACGAGUUGCUGAGGCAUAGCGAGUGUGGGGACCCGGCCAUCUCCAUCCAUCUCAGUCACAUGGUCCAGAACAUCACCGCCAGGGACCAC